AUGUCAGUUUUCAUUUAUGUUGCAUCAAAUGAAACUCAAUCUAUUACUAAAGAAAUACCAAUAACUAUAAUUAAACCGAUAUCAAAAUUUGAUAAUGAACCAAAAUCUCCUGAGCUUGUAAUAGAAAGAACAUCAAAUCCAGAAUCAACAGCAAACAAUAAGAAUUUGCUAAUUAUUAUAUUACCUGCAGUUCUUGGAGUUCUUUUAGUUUUAUUAAUUGUUGUUGGAAUUAUUAUUUAUAUUAGAAAGAGGAAUCAAGAUGAAAACAAGAAAGAUUCAGAUAUUGAAAUGCCUGAAGUUGAAGAAACAGUUAUAUCAUCCAACUACUUCAAAACCAAGAUUUCUACCGAAGUUACAAUGGAUAAUCCUUUAUAUAGUGAAAAUCAUAAUGAUGAUGAUGAACCUGAUCCAUUUGGUCAGGAUUUCUCUGAAACAGAAGAUGUAUGUAUUAUUAUAGAAUAUUGA